AUGGGGCAGCUGAGCUCUGUGGUGCCGCUGCUUCUGAGCUCUGUGAUCGCUGCGAGUUUUGGGCAAGUGUGCGAUAAUGGCCGGCAAGGUUUCCCCGCUGCACGUAUGUCUGAUAACUCAUUAUCUGAACUCGAGAAUGUCAACUGUGCUGUGGGAAUUAAAAACACACUGUUACACUCGGAUACAUGGAAAUCCUUAAUUCCCAGUUGCUGUUACUUCUCCAUUGUGCUUUUAUUCUGCUCUUUAGAUUUAUCGGAUUUCUUUUCAUUGCAGUUGAAUAUUCAUGUGGACCUUCCAGACAAGAGUGUGUAUACAUGUCCCGGGAGACACUGGCCUUUUCCAGUUCAGGUGUUUCCAAGCAUUACCACUCAUUAUGAACCAGAGAAGUCACACAGCGCCUGUAUGGACACUGAGAUAGUGUAUGCAACCCCGAUUCCCAACAGUGGCGUGCACCGUCCAAAAUGGGCCAGAUAUGGAGAGUAUGCGUAUUGUCCCCCACAGCGCUGGCUGCAUAACCUUGAGCAUGGAGGGGUUGUUUUCUUGUACCAUCCCUGUGUUCACCCCAAGCUGAAAAAAGCACUUGUCCAUGGAGCUCGCUCCUGCGUAUACAAGCACAUCAUCACCCCUCACAUGAACCUUUCAACUGAACGGCCUCUUGCCCUGGUCACCUGGGGCUCCACUCUGGAGAUGUCACAUAUAGAUCUCUGUGAAGUUAGAAACUGGCUAACGGCCAACAUGGACAGAACUAGAGAACGAGAAAUGGACAUGGAUGGUUCGUAUCAGGACUUGCUUGUCCGGCCAUCGUCAGUGUUCUUUGAUAAACAUGACAAGAAGCUUUGCCCCAAAGUUUGCUGCCAGCAAGAAAACUGUGGUUUGAAGAGAAGAAGAAGGGACUCUGCAUUACUUGGUUCUGCCCAUAUAUUAGCAAGCACUCCUAUUUAUAAUGCCAGUGCAAGAAUAAUGAACAGUACUGCAGUGUCAGUAGAACAAACAGCAGUUGAUGCCAAUAAAAGUCAGCCUGUAAUCUCACACACAGUAUUGAGGACUACUUUAUCAUCUUCAACAUCUGAAGAUAAGGUUCACGUAACAUUAGAUCCGUCUGGUGUGUCCGAAAAAAAAGAUUACCUUGUAGAUCCAGAUGGAAGCCGUUAUAUGGAGAGCAAUGUUUCUGCUUUACUACCAGAAUCCACCUUCAUGAAUAUUUCCAAAGGCUCACCUGACAUGAACUUGAAUUCUCCAACUGUACAGAGCAGGAACACAUCCAAUGAUCUAGGGGGCAGCCAGGCUGUGCCAUCUCCAACUUCCAUGCAAAAAGAGUCAGGCGCUUCGACAACCCACAACAAUAGCAUUGCAGGAAAAACUGCUGUUGAGGGCCCAGGUACUGCAACAACCACCCAACAAGAAGAAAAGAUUCCUGAGCCUCCUGUGGGCCUUUCAUCUACUACUGCUCCCAAACCAACUGCUGCCGUUAUAGAAGAAAAAGAAGAGUGCAGUUGCAAGCACGAGCCAACAAAAGAGGCAUCGGCUGCAGCACAGAAGGCUUCUGGUGUUGGACAAAUAAAAGCCUCAGAUGUGUUUGUGUCUACCCCACGAACAGAGGAGGCUGCAUGGGCAGCUGCAUGUCUCACUUUCCUAUUUGUGUUGUUGACUUUGUCUGUUUUGUACACACAACUCUACAAGAAGUUCCGCAAGAGCCAAAGUCUGUAUUGGCCCCCAGAAGGAAUUGCAGCUGAGACAGAGACUGUGGCUUCUGUUGUUAAGAGGAGGCUGAUGCCAGGUCACUCCAAGAGGAAGAAGUGGAUUAAACACAAGAAAACACCAGUGCUUCUAUAUGAAAGUUUAAGUGAGAGUUCAGAGUAGAGUAUUUCAUAUCUUUGACUACUCUGUACAAAUGCACUUUACAUCAUUGGGUGAACUGCACUCUGGUAAAGGGCAUCGUAACUGAGGGAUCCAGAAUGAAGUCUGUAAUCGAAGCCAAUGGAGAACCUUGGAUUUUUUUUCCUCUCUGUCUCCUAAAAUUGGACAUGUAUCACUUUUAGUUAGAUGCCAGGAAUCUACAGCUGUGUGUAAAGAAUGAUGAAGUGAAUAUAACGUUUCUGAACAGUAUCUCAGAGUCUUGUCCAUCACAGGAUCUUUUGGUAUAGACUGCCUUCAUUUAAUUAUUGUGCCAUGCAAAGUCUGAGCCAAAUCAUUUCCCUAUGGUGCUUGUUUCUCAAUGUACAUUUCUGUACCCACGUUUUACAUAUCCGCCCCUGCAUACUCUCUCAGCCAAUCAUUUAUACCAGGUGCUCUGUGUGGCUUCAGUACAAAAUGGCAAAAUCUGUAGCAGGUGGUUCUAUACAGCAGCCCAUAAUUGUAUAUCUUUCUGUAUGUAGACGGUAGGUAGAUCUAAAUUUUGGGUAAAUAUUUAUAAAUAUAUUUAUUUUUAUAUUGUUUGUAAAUGUAUUGUAACAUGAUUGCUUAUUGUAUAGUUUUAUAAAUAAACCUACU